AUAGGUAGCUCGACAUCCGGUUCCACGCGCGGUAUAGCAUGAGGUGAUCCUCAGCUCAAACGUCGUGCCGUCUCCCCAACUUCGCGCUCUAUCCUCCGCAACCCGCCCCGCAACCGCUGGCCCGAAAAUUUGCGGCUACAGCCCGCUAUCCUCGACUGUGCCAUGUCACUGGCUUCAAGGGCCUAUGACCCUACGCUUUUGCUUUCUGCUGAGGACUCGGCCAGCCUCCAAAUCACCGGCGAGCUGCUCAUUGGCGGGAUUUUCUACGGAUUCAUGACAGCGGUGGCUGGUAUCUGCGCGCACUCCAUCAUUCAAACGCGCCAGCGCCGGACGAGGCGGCGUCUCUGGCUCUUCCUCAUGUAUAUUGCUGCGCUCUGGACCCUCGGCACAGCGGAAAUGGGCAGCAUCACGAGCGUCAUGAUCGGGACGUAUGUCCUACACAGCCAACGGCCCCAAGUGAGUCCGAUUCGGAUGGUGGUCAAUGGGGCAGCUUGGCUAGCGAUGCUGUUGGGUGAUGGGUUGAUGAUAUGGCGGUUCAAAGUCAUCUGGGGCAGCUCACAGUUCUUCCGAUAUCUUGUGCUGCCUCCAGUUCUACUCUACUUGGCAAAUGUUGUCAUCGGCGUAUUCACUGCCAUAAUCUUCAACAUGACGGGACAAGAUGUCUGGACUGAUGCUGAAGUUUCCGAGGAGCAAUUUUUCACGGCAUAUUGGAUGGUCUCUUUGUCCCUCAACGUAUACAUCACAACGCUGAUCGCUGGCCGGCUCUAUGCCUACCGACGUCGUUUUGAAGCAAAUAUAGGAUCGGUGCACGCCAUGCACUACACAUCCAUCGGAACCAUGCUCGUUGAGUCAUGCGCAGCUCUCGUCAUGUUCACCAUCGUACUUGCUGCCACAUACCUUACGAAUAAUCCGGCGGAGUAUAUGAUAUGUGUAGUGCUAGUCCAGGUGCAGAUAAUCGUCCCGCUCAUGGUCAUGAUCCGUAUUUCACACGGUAUAGCAUGGGACAUGACGACCGUAAGCUUGGUCGAAAAUGCGAUCGACCGGGCUUUAGGUGGCGUUACUCAACACGAGCUAAAGAUUCUGGACGACUCAAUGGGUUAA